GCGCGCGACGUCUGCCUCAACGCGGCCAGUGAAAAAGGCUGGCGGCUUUCCAGAUUGGUCUUUGGCGGAGACGUCGGUGGGACCUGAGAUGUCGCAGGAGCUAUCCUGCGACGACUUCUCGCAGGAGUUGCCCUCUACAGGUCUGCAGGACAUGAGUGCGCAAGAGUUCUCCAUCCUCACAGGGGAAAGCACCGGGCUGGGCGGAGAGCUUAGCAUGGCUGGGCUCCCAGAUAUCGACGAGCAGCAAGCCACAACUUCGGGCAUGCCAAAGCUUCGACCGCGGGUGCUGCAGGCUGCCAACUUGGCCGCACUGGUCGCAGUGCCCCGCGAUGAGCCUGGAGGAUCGGGCUUUCGGCAACAUUACCGGAAGAAGGUGCUUUGCGUGGCUCGACUAGCGGCGGCUGCCCAGCCAGCAGACGCUCCGAAAUGGGAGCUUCCAAAAGUAUGGACCGAGAUCGCCGAACCGAAGUCCUUCAAUCCCUCUGCCCGAGAUCCGUAA